CCCCCCUGGCUCGUGUCCCGCGUGCCCUCCCGCGUGGCAGCUACUCGUCUUCCCUCAUGCCGCCGCCGCCGCCGCCCCCUCACUCCCUUCCCACUUCCCUCUUUCUUUACCCCACCCCAUCCCGCGCCACGCCACUCCCAGCGGCGGCCAAGUCCACACGCCUUUUUUUCCUCCCUCCUCGCCCGGCCCUUUUCCGCCGCGAGACGCCCACCCUCCCGGGUUGUGCCCGUUCCGGGUGGCCCGUGGCUCGGGCGUAAACCGCGAGUUUCAAUUUCUUUCCUAUUUAUAUUGGGUUUUCGUUCACUGCCAAGCGGGUUUUUCUUCUCUCCCUCUCCCCUCCCGGUGUCUCUUCCCUCUCCUUUGCCGCUUGCAUGCAGAAAAGAAAAAGGAAAAAAAAAGCGUCCCCCCCUCCUAAAAAAAAACACCCGGCAGUCCUGGCUCGCGUGGUCGCAGGAGCAGCAGCGCAAGAGCAGCAAUUUGUGCAACCCUUGCCAUUUUGUAAAGGGGAAGGUCUCUUCCUCCCUCCUAUAAGCGAUCUCAAAGAUAACGCCGUGACUAUUUUGGGGGACUUGGGAAGAGAAAGAGAGAGAGAGAGAGGAGGAGGAGGAGGGGAAGAAAAAGUAGGAGGGGAAGAGAAAGGAGGAAGCUGAGCUGUUGUUAUUUUGGAGUCCGCGAGCCGGGAGGAGGAGAGAGAGAAAGAGAGAAGGAGGAGGAGGAGGAGGGGAAAAAAAGACGUCGCCCCCCCCCCAACAAUUUGCAAAGCAAGGACUACCCCAGAAAAGGACUCACUUUGGCUGAUGACUCAACGCAACUAAUAAUCAUUUGUCUCCUCUCUGGCGAAUCCCUCGUGCUGCUGCUGCUGCUUCUCUAGCUGCCUGGCAGAGGGAGAGAUUGAAAGUGACACAUCGGGCGCUGCUGGCUUGCUCGGCGGCGAUCGGAGCACCGGCUGCUGCUGCUGCUGCUUCCCUUGCUUGCCCGGGAUACCGUCCCCCUUCAGAGGCAGCCUCUCCACCCCUUCUCCUCCCCCUCCCCCUUUGAUUCCCCCCCUCUUUUUGUUUUUUUUGCUGAAGGUGUGAGAAAUCGUAUUUCCCUCCCUCCGUCUCUUCCCACCCCUCCUUUCUUUCCCGAGCCUACCACGCUCACCUCUCCUUUUCAUUCGCCACCUCUGGUGCCCUUUCGGGGAGAGCUCUUUUCUCAAACUUUCAGGCCGUCUUUGGCAGCAAGACAAGACGUCUUGACCCGGGAACGUUUAAAACAGAAAAGAAAAAGGAAGGAAGGAAAAAAAAGAACGAACCGUCGAGACUUGAGGCAGAGGUGGGUGGAUGGGAGGGAGACAAAAUAGACAAGAAAGAAAAUAACGCACAAAAGAAGAACCAAGAAAACUUUCCACCCUGGAUUCUCUACUUUUGAUCCAUGGACAGAGCCCAACUCAGCCAAGUUACGGACAAACUAUAAGCAGUCCCUGCUCAUUUUAUUGUGACUUGCCUGUGGGAACGUUGUCUCCAACACAAAGUAGUAUGGACCGGAGAAGUGAGAGUCCCUGUCUAAGGGAUAGCCCCGACAGAGGGAGCGGCAGCCCUGAUGUCAAAGGCCCUCCCCCGGUGAAGGUGGCCAGGCUUGAACAGAAUGGCAGCCCUAUGGGAGCCCGAGGGAGGCCCAAUGGCUCUGUCACCAAAUCAGUGGGAGGUUUGAUGAUUCCUGUCUUUUGUGUGGUGGAGCAACUGGAUACUUCUCUUGAAUAUGAUAAUCGAGAAGAACAUGCAGAGUUUGUUCUGGUCCGCAAAGAUGUACUUUUUAGUCAGCUAGUGGAAACUGCACUCCUGGCUCUUGGAUAUUCCCACAGCUCUGCAGCUCAGGCACAAGGUAUAAUCAAACUUGGAAAGUGGAAUCCUCUUCCACUCAGUUAUGUGACAGAUGCACCUGAUGCUACAGUAGCCGAUAUGUUACAAGAUGUCUAUCAUGUUGUGACACUGAAAAUUCAGUUACAAAGUUGUUCAAAACUGGAAGACUUGCCAGCAGAGCAAUGGAACCAUGCCACAGUCCGCAAUGCCUUAAAGGAGUUGCUCAAAGAGAUGAAUCAGAGCACUUUAGCCAAAGAAUGCCCUCUCUCGCAGAGCAUGAUAUCAUCCAUUGUAAAUAGCACAUACUAUGCCAAUGUAUCAGCAACCAAGUGCCAGGAGUUUGGAAGAUGGUAUAAAAAGUACAAGAAGAUUAAAGUGGAACGAGUUGAAAGAGACAACCUGUCAGAAUAUUGUGUUCUUGGUCAACGUCCCAUGCACUUACCAAACAUCAACCAGCUAGCAACUUUGGGCAAAACAAACGAACAGUCACCUCAUGGUCAAAUUCAUCAUGGUACUCCAAUCAGAAACCAAGUGCCAACUUUGCAACCGAUCAUGAGCCCUGGCCUUCUUACACCUCAACUCAGUCCACAGCUUGUGAGGCAGCAGAUAGCAAUGGCCCACUUGAUAAACCAACAGAUUGCAGUAAGCCGACUAUUGGCUCAUCAACACCCACAGGCUAUAAACCAACAGUUUCUAAAUCAUCCGCCGAUUCCUAGAUCAGUCAAACCAGAGCCAACAAACUCAUCAGUGGAAGUCUCACCAGAUAUCUACCAGCAAGUCAGGGAUGAGUUGAAGAGAGCCAGUGUGUCCCAAGCUGUCUUUGCAAGAGUGGCUUUCAAUCGCACCCAGGGAUUGCUAUCAGAGAUUCUGCGUAAAGAAGAAGACCCUAGAACAGCUUCCCAGUCCCUUCUGGUAAAUCUGAGGGCAAUGCAGAAUUUCCUCAACCUACCUGAGACAGAGCGAGAUCGUAUAUAUCAGGAUGAGAGAGAAAGGAGUAUGAACCCCAAUGUGAGCAUGGUGUCUUCAGCUGCCAGCAGUCCAAGUUCCUCCAGAACCCCCCAGGCCAAAACCUCGACACCAACAACAGACCUCCCCAUUAAGGUGGACGGAGCCAACAUCAACAUCACAGCUGCCAUUUAUGACGAGAUCCAACAGGAGAUGAAAAGGGCCAAAGUUUCUCAGGCUCUCUUCGCCAAAGUAGCUGCCAACAAAAGUCAGGGUUGGCUAUGUGAACUGCUCCGCUGGAAAGAAAAUCCAAGUCCAGAAAAUCGUACCCUCUGGGAAAAUCUGUGCACUAUUCGACGGUUCCUGAAUCUUCCCCAGCAUGAGAGGGAUGUUAUCUAUGAAGAAGAGUCCAGGCACCAUCACAGUGAACGUAUGCAGCAUGUUGUCCAGCUUACUCCUGAACCUGUGCAGGUACUUCAUAGACAGCAAUCACAGCCGGCCAAGGAAAGUUCACCUCCAAGAGAAGAGGCCCCACCCCCACAAGCAGAGGACACAUGCACGAAAAAAACAAGAUCCCGUACGAAGAUUUCUUUAGAGGCUUUAGGCAUCCUUCAAAGUUUUAUCCAUGAUGUAGGCCUCUAUCCAGAUCAAGAGGCCAUCCACACCUUAUCUGCUCAGUUGGAUCUACCUAAGCACACCAUUAUCAAAUUCUUCCAGAACCAGCGAUACCAUGUAAAGCAUCAUGGUAAACUAAAAGAGCACUUGGGUACAGUGGUGGAUGUGGCUGAAUACAAAGAUGAGGAGCUGCUGACUGAGUCAGAGGAAAAUGACAGUGAGGAGGGUUCUGAGGAAAUGUACAAAGUGGAAGCAGAAGAAGAGAAUCCUGAAAAAACAAAGGCAACUACUUUGGAGACUGACCAGAGAUAAUGUGAAAACAUCACUGGUUAAAGCAAUACAUUGAUCCAAGAUCUCUCUUUUUUUCCAGUCUUCUUUUAAAAAAAAUUAUGUGGGGUGCACAUAGAAUAUGUGCAAAUUGAACAAUUAUUUUGCAUAGCCAAUCAGACAUUCCCUCGUAACAGGCACUUGAGUGUUACACUUUUUAUGUUUGACCGAAACAAUGUUAAUUGUAUUUCAUGUAGGAUUACAUCUUUGUUAACCUUGCACUUAUGAAAGGAACCUCUAGCAAGUUACAAGAAAAAUAGACCUAUGAAAUCAGUGAAGGAAGUUAUAACAGCAUUCAUGUGUAUAUGUAUGUGUUUGUGUAUGUGUACGUACAUACACACACACACAAACACAUAUAUCAAAAUAAAUAUAGAUAUAGAGAUAUAUAAGAAAUUUGCAUGGAACAUAACUUUACAAUCUGAAAGUAUAGACUGUGAAAUGAGCUCGUUAAAGAUGAGUCUUGUUUAUGUAUUUUUAAAAAAACCACUUCACAAUGAGUUGCUUUGGCUUUUAGAUAAACUGCUGCCUGCUCUCAGGGUGUGGUUACUAUUUUGGAAUACCUAUUUAUUUUCUAUGUUUAUCCCUGAUUUUUUUAAUUAUUAUUAUGGCUUCCACUUUGGCAGCUUGAUGGGUAAUUUUUGAGGUAUGCAUUUUAAAAACCUAAAUCAACACUGCCAAAACAACAAAAAACAAACAAACAAAAACGAGAGAGAGAGAGAAAUUUGGGGACAAAGUCAGGGCACCUUAAAAAAAAUCCGAGACCAAGUAACUUCAAAAACAAAAAACACUUUAGUACGUAAGGCACAUUUAAAGUCACAAAGCAUGACCCCCCCCCUCAUUUCUGUAGUGAACAGAUGGGUUUUCAUGGACUUUUCAAUGGAAAUUCAGUGCACAGUGAGCUUGUCUGUUUAUAAGGUCUUCAUGAAAAAUUGGUUUUUUAAUGAGAUUUAGUGUGUGGAUUUUUACACUGAGCCACAGUUUAUAGUGGUGGUAUUUUGAAGGUGCAAACCAUCUACACUGUUGCCGUGCAACUUGCGUUAAUUUCAGCAGGGCUUGUGCAGCUACAGUUCUUGUUUAUUUGUCUCACCUUGAUGUUUUAGAGCAAUUCCUCAUUAUGUAUGUUGAAGUUGCUUUUCUGGUAAGCUUUUUACAAAUGAAAUCAUAAAACUGAAUCACAGCUGUCAUUCUGUGUAGCUGGUUUAACUGGUUCUUAAUCUGUCAAAGGGUCUGAUGGUUCUCCACUGCUGAAUUCCCUUCUGUAUUUGUUCUGCUAUAGUUUGAGUCUUCUGCUUAAGGCUCAUUAUCUCAGUGAGACAAAAUAUUUUUCAGUCAAUAGUCUCCCAAGACGCAGUCUUUAUGUAAUGCACGGCAGACUUGAUAGGAACGCAUUUUCUGAACUUGCUGCAGUUCUAGGCAGCGAGAGUAAGCCAAGCAAUUUCUGUGUAGUCACUUCCUUGUCAUAAACUGAAACCUUUUCCCAAUGACCUAACAUAGCAAUUCCAUUACAUAAAGCAGAACAAAUGCUGAGUGACUCUUCAAUAGUAACAAGCAUUAAAGCUGCAAUCUACUAUAGGUUCCAACAGAUUUUUGAAACUGUGGUUCUGCAGUGACACAAGCAGUGUUGCUGUUCCUCUUCUGCAUAAAGGUGCCACCCCGCCAAAUAUUUUGACUUCCUAAUAUGUAUGGGUUGAUUUGUGGACUUCUAACGUCAGUGUGAGGCUUCCUUUUGACAUUUGCUGUGUAAACUUUUAACAAAGACUUCAUGCAAUAUCACUUGGAAAGCUGUUUUAUGUUUCUUGCACAGGCAUUGUAAUAUAUAAUUGUUAAUACUAUUUAUAUAUUUGAAAGGUAUAAAAAGCAGGCAUUAAAACAAACCUCUGUAUAGUUACUCAGAACGUAACAAUAUAUGGAGAGAGAAGACAUGUUGCAAUACAAGCUAAUUCUAGCUGCUCAGUAACCUCUGAAGUUUUUAAAGGGACCUUUCCAGAAUCAAUAUAUUUGAUAUCCACAGUGUAUCUGUAUCCACUUCAUAUAUCCUUGAAAAACAAUUUUGGCUUGCUGAUUUAAACUCUUUGUCCUUUACUUCUGUAGUAUGCUGCAGCUUUAAUCAAAAAUUCAGUAGGCGCUGCUUUAUGUUCUCUUUCAAGGUACUCAUUUCAACUCCUUACCUGAAACUCUCUUGCUGAAAUCACUAUAUAUAUGUAAUAUUGGUCAAACUUUCAUAGGGGUAUAUUCAUCUCUUUGAUGGCAUCAGCAUUGGGUUUUUUUUUCUCCCUUAAACACUUCAACCAAAAAUUUUAGUAAGUAUUUUUUUUUCAAUGCUGGGUCUUGCCUUUGUUUUGUUUUGUUUUUAAUUUCACUGCCAGUUUUGCGGUGGUUCUUCUAAGUAAAUCUGUGGGCAUUUUCGCCUGUAGUCUUGCCAGAAGUUUGCGAAUUACAAUGCAUAUAUGUCUAUUUAUUCAAUAUUCAUCAUAUAAUAUCUAUUUGGGAAAAGAAUCUUUUCUUGUAGUGCCUCUUAACAAAGCACAAUUUUCCGCCUUUUUUGUGAAAUAAGAGAAAACUUUAAAAAAAAUUGUGUUAUUACAGUAUCAACAAUGUGAAUGAGGAUUAACAUAUUGUAAAU